AUGGCUGGAGAGAAGGGCGUACCGAACGUCAAGAAAGCAAAGCUCUACAAUUCCAGAACAAUCCGUACAGAUCUUACUGAUUCCGCGUACAAGGAAGGUAAGCUCUCGGUGCCUGAGUUUCUCAAUUCACGAGAGUUCGAGAUUCAUUCUUUGGAGAAGGCUAAGUUAAAGGCAAAAUAUGCUGGUUCUAAUAGAUGUUUCCAGAGCUUACCUCGGACAUUGAGAAGGCGUACUGCUUCUCAUAAUGUAAAAAGAAUUCCUAAGAGACUUAGGAAUAGAGCUAUCAAUGAGAUGCAGAACUCUGUGAACGGGAUUCCACCCAAACCCAAACUACCCAGGGGAAGAGCCCUCUACAAAUUGAAAAUGGCAUCUAAAUUGCUCAAAUUGGCAAGUAGAAUAAAGGAGUUGAGAGGUAUACCCUCUGUAUUGAACCAGGAUGGCUUGAAAUUGAGACUGAGAAUAAAGCUUUUGAAGACUCAGAAGCGAGAACUUCAGCAGGGAAAAGGCGAAGAAGCAAAGUCUUCCGCCACUUCUCUACUUAAUAACAAAAUGGGGUCUUAUGAUAACUCAGGAGUGAAUGGAUUUGCUCCAAUACCUCGUGGGAAUAUAAAGUAUACUAAGCGCCAAAGAGAAUACGUUUGGUUGCCAACGCAUGUUUGGCAUGUUAAGAGAGCGCAUAUGAUUAAGAGAUUUGGUUACCAAAUUCCCUACAGUCCUACUCAAAAAUGCUUCAAAUCUAUUAAUAGAGCAUCCAAGCAGGAUGCUAUAUGUUUUGAUACUUCCUACUACGAUAGUAUGAUAGUGCACAUCUCAUCCACUGAGCAAAGAGACUAUGUCUUGAAGAAUGUUACGAAAUUUAAGAACCGGUUGGUUCCUCAACAGUUUUUAAGUGGAAAAAAGACCUAUGACGAUUGGAUUUACUUGAAAGAUUCUGUAGUAGGCAAGGGCUUGAUCUUCAUUUAUCAAAAUAAGAUUCUCAUUCGAUUACAUCCUUCAUUAUACUCGGAGUAUUUCGAAUAUGUGAAGGAAUUAUUGAACGGUGAAGGAGAGGUUCACGACUGUAGAUAUUCCCUUGGUAGCUUGGAGCUCUCAGGACCCGGUGCAUUGUAUAGCUUGAGUAAAAUUUUACAUAAGGACAAAAGUGCUGAAAAAGAUACGUCAGCUACGGCGAAUUGGUUUCAGUUGGCUGCUCAAUCAGACUCAAAUAAUACUAUCCCCGUUGGUACUACAUUUGCAAUCAAUGUGCAAGAUCCUAGACUUUGGCUGAAGCCCACCGCUCCACCGAAGAGUUUUAGUGAAGGAAAGACCAUUAAUGACUUAUUGGUGAACCUUUCCACAAUUCCAACAGUAGAUGAUCUGGCUCUACUUAAAUUGUUUGACAACUCUCGUAGAUAUGAAACUUACAAAGACCAAUUAACUAUCAAGGAAUUGUCUAAGAGAAAUAAUAUUGGAGAAACGAAAAGAGAAACUACUUCUUCCAGUUCCAUUCCACUCCUUAUCACCAAGCUCAAGUCGUCUAACAACUGGACCGUCAUCUUACCUUGGUUUUGGGUACUUCCUUUCUGGAUAGAAUUAGUCAAAGUUACUGACUUAAAAUUUGGUGGUGUAUCGCAGUUACAUCAAAUAAACUAUGAGAAUGGCAAGUCAACGUUUCCAAUUGACUAUCCUUUUCUCAAAGAUGGCUACUUGGAGAGUGAAUUCAAUAUUGCAGAAAAUACAAAAAAGUAUAACAAGAAGCCUUCGAGUCAUAAGAUUGAUUUAGAGGGAAGCGAGCACGGGAACUUUCAUGGAAGUGAUUGGAGAUUUUUACAAUUGGCAACUUAUGGAUGUGAAAUAAUUAGAAGAGGUAAUCCUCAAGACAACAUACACCCUAACUCAGCUUUUGGCACCUUUAUGGAUUCCAAGUUGCAGCUUAAGGCGACUUCUGAUUUACUUCAGCUUAUCAAAUAUGCUAAGGAAGUUGAUGAGGAAAAAAGGUUAAGAGGAGAACUAGUGUCGUUGCCAAUCAUAUUAAGUAGUAAGAAAAUUGUCGAUAAUCUUCAAUCUAUGGCCUUGACUCCUACGAUGAAAUUUCCUCCCUUACCCGUUGUACAAGUCAAGAUCACAUUGAUUGGUAAGGGUAAUCCAAUCAACAACGCUAGAAUAUAUGCUAGUUCACAGAAAAGUGGAGAAGGAGAUAUUAAAGUUGAAAAUCUUAUUGGCUUCGUUACAAGCGGCACCUUUAAUUUGAACUUAGGUAGGGGAACUUGCAUUGGGUGCAUAAGUGCCUAUAGUGCCAUCGCUUCUGGAAAACGAUUAAUUAUUGUGAAAAAUAUAGGACAUACCGUUCCUAUGAUGGCAACUUGGGAAUGUAUAUAG